AUGUCUGGGAUUGAAGUUGCUGGUCUGAUCCUGGGGGCGAUACCCAUCCUAACUGAAGGCCUCCAAACCUACCGAAAAAGCCUCAAAGCUGUCAAACCGGCAUUUGAAAAAAGAAAAACGAUAGACUCUCUCUUGAGAGCCCUUUCCAGACAGGCGACGAUCCUCGAAGAGCUGUUGAAAUCGGUUCUCAUCGAGAGCGGAUGCGAGAUCCCGUCCAGUUUUCCAGCAGGCAUAGAGCAAAUUCUCACGGACUCUGAGACCCAAGAAGCUGUUAAGGAUUAUCUGGGAAGCAAGCAUGAUAUUUUCAUUUUUACCCUGGAAGACUGUGACGAGAUCUUCCAUCGAUUGGCUUUGAAAAUCGCCAAGCUGGUUCCAUCAGUCAAGGAUUCAGUUGAGCUCUCAAAGCUGAUUGAAGCCAAUAAAAACACCAAAAAGGGGCAACUUGACCUUGUAGCACGGAUGUCUCUAGUGCUCAAGAUAAAAAGCUUCGAUGAAGACUGCGAAAAACUCGACGCAGUCCUACAUUCUCUGCAGCGCCUGUGCCAGCUUAUCUCUUCUAAUCAUCAUCUAAGCGGCCAGCAGUCCUCCGGCAAGACCAAGCGACUUGCGAAAGCAUUUUGGAAUAUCAGAAAACGUGCAGAAGACCUCUAUCUUGCAGUAUCGAAAGGCUGGGUCUUCGACUGUCAUCGCAAGCAUGAAGCCCGGCUUAUCUUGGAGGACCGUGUGGAGGAGCUCACAGAACUUCAAAAAAGACCACGUAACGAACAGCUCCCGGUCUAUGUCUUCCAACUUCUUUUGUCUGGUCAAGCUCCACAACAAGAGAAUUUCUGGCACGAAUCGACGGUUCAAGCGUUCCAUGUCGCCGAUGAGGACGCAAGACAACCGUUACGUUCCGACGGUCCCCAAGCCACCAAGCCUCGAGUCACAAUUAUCGCUCCGGCUCCCGAAUUGCCGCAGAGGUCAAUGAAGGACAUCAAGGAUAUUUGUUCGGCAAUCGAGGAGGCACGCAAGAACCAAGAACAUAUCAUAUUUGCAUUGACCAAAGAUUGCAGGAUGGCAACGGGCCCCACGCGUAUGGCCGGAUUCAAAUCCUCGAAAGCUAGAGACGGAAUCCGGCUGAAAGACUUGCUUCAGAACCACUCUCAGAGCACUAGAAAAGCUUUAUCCUGGCGGAUAAAGACGUCACUGGCACUGAACGUUGCAUCUAAUUUUCUGCAACUUCUCCGUACACCGUGGGCUCUUCCUAGGCUGUCGAGCGACACGGUGUCUUUUCUCCAGAACCCCAACCAGGAAGCCGAUAUCAGAAAGCCCUUUUUAUCGCUCUCAUUUGAGCAAUCGACCGCCGGACCGGCUGUGUCAAACACAGCUUUUCGUGUGAAAGAGGCUCUUUUGAAUUUAGGUGUUAUGCUGUUGGAAAUUUGGCACGAAAAGACUCUAGAAGACCACUUUCCGUUAAGCUCUGGAUCCAUGCGUGUUUAUGAGCUACAGGUUCAUGCACUUGAAUGGCUAGAGUCAGACCCUCACGCCUUGCCCAAUUCGUAUCACCAAGCUGUCUUCCACUGCGUCGCGGGAGCGAUGAAUUGUGUCCCUUGCCCCAAGGAUUGGGAUGACAUGAGACUCUGGGAGACUGUUUUUCAAUGUGUGAUCGAACCCCUCUACAAGAUUUCAAAGUCCUGA